AUGCAGAAUAAUUUGCCUCGUGUUGUUGUAAUUGGCAACUCAGGGGUUGGAAAAACAUCAAUGGUACAAAGGAUUGCACUUGGAGAAUUUGAUUUACUAAAUGCUCCAACAGUUGGGGCUGGUGUUUCUACUGUCACUGUUCAGGUUAACAAUAAAGUAGUAAAAUAUAUUGUAUGGGAUACUGCUGGUCAAGAAAUGUUUAGAAAUAUUGUGCCAUUGUAUUUUCGGGAAGUUGUAUGCUGUAUUAUAGUAUUUUCACUUACAGAUCCGGAUUCUUUUAAUGCAAUUUCAGAUUGGUUAGACAUAUUUCAUAACAAUACUCCACCAGAAAUUCCUGUUGUAAUUGCAGGAAAUAAAUGCGAUAAGGAUCCAAUUAUUGUUGAUCCAGAAGAAGCUAAAAUUUGGGCUUUAGAACAUGGUUUAGACAUAUUUAUAACGUCAGCAGCAACAGAACAAGGAAUUUUAUCAUUAUUUGAAUAUGUUGGCGCAAUUUGCGCUCAACACGUGUCAGAUACAAAACGAGAGGAACCUAAGGAAAAGAAGCAGGGCUGCUGUUGA